UGCGCGCGGUUGCUUCGAGUUUUGUGUGUGGCGCCUGAUAUAAAAUAAAGUAAAGACACGCGUGUAUAAAUUUGCUUAAGCAAACAACUUUAAGCUCAAAAUUGCAGAUACUUGGCACUUCAAGGCAAUCCAAUUAAUUGUGGGCACAACAACAAUAUAAUGACCAAAAAUAAAAACCAAACGCUGCUGAGCAGCAACAUGACUUGCACCUUAACAAUCUACAGCUGUUUGCUUGGACUGCUGCUGCUGGUGAUGGUGACGCCCAGUGAGGCAACAGUGCACUCGGUGUUCACUUAUAAAAACGCCUCCACGCAGCUGGGCCAGGUGGUUACCUCCAGCACGCUGGUGUGGGAGACUUACGAUGGUCCUUGGCAGAUGCAGUUUGCCGUCGAGGGCGGCAAAUAUGUUACCGCGGAUGAGCAUUAUCCCAUCUUUGUGUGCCGCGUCAAUAUCGAUGGCAUGCACACCUCUGGACACACCGAGAAGAUACAACAGAAGCAUGUGUGCAAGGCGGAGGGCAAGAACAAUGAGAACUUUGAUGUGCUUAUGAACAAGGGACAUUUGGGCAAAAUAGGCUGGCGACAGUGGACGAAAUUUACAGCCGGCGUGCCAGUGGGCGCCAUACGCAUUGGCGAGGACUCGUAUAUAGGACGUCAUAAGGAUGCGGCGGGCGAGCAUCAUGGCGCGGAUUACAAUCUGGGCAGUUUGGAGCUCACUGGACUGGGCAAGAUACGUGUGAUGGAGCAGCAGGAGGAGCGCAACUAUGAUGAGGGCGAAGUGCUAAUUGAAACUGAGCCAGUGCGCUACGAGCUACGCGACAUUAAGCUCGAUAGACUGCGCACCUUGAUACGUGACAAUCUUACAGAGUUGGCUACUGGUCAGCUGGAGAACCUUGGCGACACUUAUAAUACCAUGGAGAAGGUUAUGAGCUAUAGCUUCGAUCAGCUGCAGUAUUGGGGCUCGCAUGAGGGCGUAGCACGCGGCUUGCCCACCAAGAUAUACGAAAAGGAUGCCAGCACGCCCUCUGAGAUAAACUGGGCGCUAAAGCGCGGCGAGAAGCGUCCCGAAACGAAAGUUGUGUCCGCCAAGCUUUGGCCAGGCACAGCCAUCAAUGUAACACUGCUGGGCAACUAUGUUACCCUCGAGGCGCCCUAUUCAGCCAAACUAUUUGCUUAUUAUCAUGGCAGCGAAUCUGUUUCACGCAAAAUUAGCGCUGAGUUGCGCAAAAGCUACUUGAAGGAUGUGAAGCUGGAGUUUAGUCCUGUAUUUUGGAUUGAGAAUGGCACCAUUGUGCCCACCACAACUACAACGUCCACCACUUCCACUUCAACCACUACACAUGCCACUACCACAAGCACCAAUGAGCCUGUGCCCAUAAAUGAGCCACCGCUAGUGGAAAUCAAGCAUGUGGGCGACAAGCACUCCGGACCGGAUACGCUGGAGAAGACGCUGCAGAAAUCAAACGAAGUGAAUGCGCAUGAGGCGCCCGAAAAUAUGUCCUCCAAGGAUGCAGCGCUCGCUGGCUUUGGGCUAAGCCCCAACAAUGCUGCUGCUUCGCUCUCGGUUGGCGGCACAAUUGGAACGCUGCUCUUGACGCUGUUACUGCUGUAGAUGUGGGCAGUAGCGCUGUUUCUACCAAUUAGCAUAGCGUUUAAUUAUUGUUGUUGUACCUGUUGUACCCGUCUUGGAGAGAAAGCGCAGCGCCGCCUACUUGAGGAGCGCAGAGCAAAACAAACACGAUGCGCAGUUGAACAUAAAGUUGAUAUUUUUUAUACGUGUGUCCCUUAGCUGCUGCUUCUGCAUACAUAAAGCAAAACAAAAUUCUAAAUACAUUCCUAAGCUAGAUCCACACACACACACACACAAGCAUGAAUAUAAAUCAAAAGUAUCUAUCUAUAAAUGAAAAGUCGAUAUAUAUUUAGUAUUUUAUAUAUGUAAGCUGCUUUGCAAUGAAAUGUUUUAAUUUGAAUGGCUUGUCUUUUAAGUUGUAAGCAACAAUAAGCUCUAGUAAAUUAAUGAGAAGCUGCUGAUGCUGAUGAUGAUGAUGUGUAUGUAAAAUCUAUGUAAAACAUAAGUAUGUAUGUAUGAUGUAAGUUAAACAACUCCAAAUAUGUAAAUUAGUUACUAUAAAGUACGCCGCACCCUCUGCUAUGAAUUAGCUUUACUUUCAAUUGCUCUGAAUUUUUCUGUUUAAGUGCGAACAAACUGUAUUUUGUAUUUAAUUUUCCUUACUUUUCCCCAUGUCUCUGUAUUGAACGAUUUUUAUUUUUAAGAAAAGCUACAAAACUGAAAUCAA